CAUGGAUGCGGGUGCAGAGGCCUGGGACAGACACCUACUGGAUGAGGACACCUUCACCGAGAACUUCCGCAAUGAUAAUUGGCCGCCCAGGACCUACCUCUGCUACAAGGUGGAGCGUCCCGAUCCGGGCUCCGGGGUCCCUCUGGGCCAGGACAAGGGCAUCCUGGCCCAGAGACCCGAGCCCCCCUGCCACGCGGAGUCCCGCUUGCUGGAGCAGAUCCAGUCCUGGGACCUGGACCCGAAGCUCCACUAUGGGGUUACCUGCUUUCUCUCCUGGAGCCCCUGCACUGACUGUGCGCAGGACAUGGCUCAGUUCCUGAAGGAGAACAGCCACGUGAGCCUGAGCCUCUUCGCCUCCCGCCUCUAUACCCUCGGACACUAUGACGAGGGCUUGCGCACCCUGAAGAGGGCUGGGGCCAGCAUAGCCAUCAUGACCUCCAGGGAGUUUGAGCACUGCUGGAACGCCUUCGUGCACCACAAGGGAAACCGCUUCCAGCCCUGGCCGGGUCUGGACACGGAGAGUCAGAAAUUCUCUGAGAAACUGCAGGGCAUUCUCCGGGGAGCCUGAAGGAUGGACCUCAGUCUGGCUAAAGACCACAAGACACCUCUGUGAACCGCAGAAUAAAACACUUCCUCCCAAGAAAUGCAAACUUGCCCUCCACCACCAUCUCCAGAUUGAUGCAAAGAAACCCGCAGAAGGCAAUGAG